AUGGAGAGUGUGGCUACGUGUCUGGAGUUGGAGCGGUACCUGCAGACGGAGCCCAAGCGUCUAUCAGAGCUGUUUGACGAGGAGCUUGACUGCCUCCUGACGCCUGCCUUCAUGCAGGGUGCUGACAGUGACCUGAUGGAUCCCCUGGACCCACUGGACCCACUCCUCCCAAACCUCCCCGACCAGCCCAGCCCCCCUCCCCUCCUCGUCUCCCUCCCCAAGGUCCUACAGGCCCCACACCCCCACAACACCAAGGCCUCUGGAAAAGAGUCUGGAGCAAAGACCACCAAGGAGGGGGUCAACGGAGUCAACGCUGCCCAGCUGAGUGCCGUCACCUCCCUCACGCCGCCCUCCUCGCCGGAGCUGGGCCGCCACCUGGUCAAGCCCACGCAGACUCUCACUGCUACGGCCGACGGCACGCUCACGCUCAAACUGGUGGCCAAGAAGGUUGGUCUAAACGCAGCCAAGCUGGUGGCCAUGCACGCCACGCUACCCUCGCCGCCCAGCAGGGGGGCACACAGCGACAGCGAGCAGGGGUCUGGGUCGCUGGGGGGAGAUAUCCCAGAGAACAAGAAGAGAGUCCAUCGCUGCCAGUUCAACGGCUGCAGGAAGGUUUACACCAAGAGUUCCCAUCUGAAGGCACACCAGAGGACACACACAGGUGAGAAACCAUACAAGUGCUCCUGGGAGGGCUGUGAGUGGCGUUUCGCCCGGAGCGACGAGCUGACAAGGCACUAUCGCAAACACACCGGGGCCAAGCCCUUCAAGUGUAACCACUGCGACAGGUGUUUCUCCAGGUCAGACCACUUGGCCCUGCACAUGAAGAGGCACAUCUAAGGGAGAGGGAGGAGGAGAGCGAGGAAGACGAGCGAGAGAAGGGAGAUAAGAGGAGAGAAGAAGUAGGCAGGAUGGAAGACGAACCACACACCAGCUUCGGCUCUCACCGUCCCGAGGCUGCCCCCGCCACCUGAGACCUGACAUUAGAAGCAAAGCAUGGGGGAUGACACGCUGUACGGAUGUAAGCCACGACCCGGGACGGACGGAUGGUCGGCGAGGACAGAUGGAGUGAAAGAGAAGGAGGAGGAGCUUUUUUUUUUCACACUUCCAUGAUCCCCACAUCUCUACUCAACAGUCUACAACUCUCUUUUAUUGCAUCAUCCGAUUAGCCAUGCCUUGGUCUGAUCCAGGCCUGGUAACUCAGACACUGCCAAACCAAUAUGCUGAUCCAGUUACGACCCAUUUACACUCUACUGUUUAUUUUCUGUACAUUUAAACUAUAGAGCAACUUGCAAAAGGAGAUGGUUCACCCAGAAUUAACUGCUAAACUUUGACACGCCAAUCGCCAGUGUCUUGCAGAAGCAACGAUGGGCAUCCCAAACCAACAACAACUAUUGCCUAUUUUAUUCUGGUGUGCUGUUUCUCAAUCCCAUCACAAUUUUUAAGGGGUGUCUCUUGUAUAAGAACCCACAACCCUCAGCAAGCUAUACCGUGUGAAAUAACAACAAUGCCAAAAUAGCAAGACAAGAGAGACCAAUGGAAUUAGUGGCCAAUCCGUCAGUUGCGCCCCCUGUCUGUGGGAGGAGGGUCUGACACUUCAGAGAGUGAGCUCUGUGACCCACCGGCACCGUGCUGCUGACUUCUCAGGCUCUCCUGUAGGAGGCGCUCUGCUCUUCUCUCUCACCUUCACUCCUGCCACCUCACAGGCAACAACUAACAAAUGCGCAGCGACACUUUCUUGCCUUUGUUUUUUAAAGACAAUUAAUUAUUAUUAUUAUUAAGAAUAAUGGUCUGUUUUCUCUCAGCUGAAAUGUCUUAAAAAUUCACUGAAUGAAAAAAACAAAAACAGUUUAUGUACAAACGAGGAAGAAUGUGCACAUUUAAGGGAGGAACAACGAAUGAACUUACCCCGACCCGUAUGCACAGGCUAAACUCAGUUGCCGCUAUCUAGCACUGACAGCUAAGAAGAUGGAAAAACAAAAAAGAAAUCACAUGAACUCUGAAAGAAAAAGGAUUUGUAUUGUUGGCCUGAUAUGAAAGGAAAUACCCUCUGUUUUCCACUCUGUGUUUUUCUCCAAUGCGAUCCAGCUGAAAACAAACCUUGGCGGGACCUUCGAGGCUUCAGCACCAAGCCAGGGCCAGAACAGAACAGAACACAAAACUGGAAAAUGUUUGCUUUGUUUGUGUGGAUUGUGGAACCCUAUCUCCUCCAGUAUGGAAGGGGAGGGGCCUGGGUGGCUGGUCUGCUGUGACCACACACCCUAUUUGGGAAACUAGGGACCUGAUAGGCUACUGGACAUGAAUCUGGGACUAAAGACACCCAACUCUCUGGGUAUUAGAAAGGACAACAUGGCCUCAUCAUCCCAGAGGGACUUGCCUGUUUCGUAUCCAUUGUCUGCACUGACUUUUUCAAUGUUAUCUGUGCUUUUUUUCAUAUAGUACAACAAAAAAAUCAGAAAAAAAUAAUACAAAUAAAAAAAACAUGCAUAAAAAUACUCAAA